UCUUCCAAAUUUUAUUUAAGCAUAUACAUAGGUGUAACUGAUAUUGUAUAACAAGUUAUAUAAAUGAUUGAUUUCAAAUUCAAAAUGUCACCCUAGUUACAUUAUCGAGGUUGGCUGCAAUUUAUAACCAAAUACUUGUCAAUGACAUGCAGAAAGUCCCUAUCAAUUUUCGCGCAUGUGCUUUUGUAAAACAUUGCCAAUUUUUACAGUGCUUCGCAAUGACCAUUAGAUCUGGUAGAAUAGGUUUGAACAAUAUAAAAGUAUGAAUUGUUAACAAAGUCGCUGUAUUUCAUUGAGUUUUAGAACUAUUUUACAACAUUAAUUUUAUAUAUAAUAUAUACAUUACACUGAAAAAGUAUCAAUAUCGUUUUUCAAAAUCCGCUGGUGAACAGUAUACUCCAAAAUGAAGCAAGUUAUUUGUAGGAAAAUAGGAGAUAGAAUUAUACUAGUUUCAAAGACGUCCCGAUGUCCUGUACCCAUUGUCAGUAUGAGAAAUUUAACAUCAGGUAGAAUCAACAGAAUAUAUCGACCGUUAUUAGCAUCACCACACAUACGUUAUUUUGGAAAUCCCAAUCGUGCAUAUGCCAUGUUCAUUGGAAGAGUUCUAAGAGGAGCAUUAAAAGUUCGAUACCUAUUGUUGGGAAGUGCAGUUGGUGGUGGAGUAACUUUACAAAAAAAAUAUGAAGAGUUGAAAGAGUUUUUACCUGACAUGAGCUGGUUAGAUGAAAUGUUUCCUGAUUCAGAAAAAUGGAAAAAUAUUCGUACAUCUCUUAUGUCUGCUAAGGGUAUUGUAGCAGACAAAAUUGAACUUGAUCCACGCAUAAAGGAGUUUGGAGAAGCUAAGUAUAGACAAUACAGGGAAUGGUUUAAUAAGAGACUGGAUGAUGCUAUUAAGGCAGCUAAUAGUAACCAGAUUGAACCAGACAUGGAUUUUCCUUCUAAUAGUAUAUUUGAUACGAUGUCAGCAAUAGUAUACCGACUUUAUUCAGAAGCAAAAGAUCAAAUAAGAAGCAAUUCCGUAGCAUUUGCUCGGCCGUUGAUUGAUGAUAAUGCUGAAGAGGAACGUAAGAAAGCUCAAACUUCGCAAGAAAGAUUAAACGCUAUGCAAGAAGAGGUGAUGCAAAUACAAUUAAGAUAUCAGCGGGAGCUGGAAAGACUGGAGCGGGAAAAUAAAGAACUCCGAAAACAGAUGCUGUUACGUGGCAAUCAAAAAUUGAAUAAUAAAAAAAUAAAAAAAUCAUUAAUUGACAUGUAUAGCGAUGUCCUAGAUGAACUUAGCGAUUAUGAUAGCACCUAUUCUACUACUGAUCAUUUACCACGAGUAGUAGUAGUCGGUGACCAAAGUUCCGGUAAAACAUCUGUCCUAGAAAUGAUUGCGCAAGCAAGGAUAUUUCCAAGAGGUGGUGGUGAAAUGAUGACCAGAGCUCCAGUUAAAGUGACUUUAAGCGAAGGUCCUUAUCAUAUAGCUCAGUUUAAAGACAGUUCAAGAGAAUUUGAUUUGACAAAAGAGUCAGAACUAGCUGAGUUAAGACGCGAGGUAGAAUUACGUAUGAAGAAUAGUGUUAAAAAUGGGAAGACAGUUAGUCAAGACGUGAUUUCAAUGACAGUAAAAGGACCAGGUCUUCAGCGUAUGGUUCUUGUCGAUCUACCCGGUAUAAUUAGCACAGUCACAGUUGAUAUGGCAGAAGAUACCAGAGACGCGAUUCGUCAAAUGACUCAACAGUAUAUGAGCAAUCCUAACGCAAUUAUUCUUUGCAUCCAAGACGGGUCUGUGGAUGCUGAAAGAAGUAAUGUGACGGAUCUUGUUGCUCAAAUGGAUCCGUCUGGAAAACGAACCAUUUUUGUUUUAACAAAAGUGGAUUUAGCGGAGGAAAAUUUAGCAAAUCCUGAUCGUGUUCGCAAAAUAUUAUCUGGCAAAUUAUUCCCUAUGAAGGCUUUAGGCUACUUUGCUGUUGUUACUGGACGUGGCAAACAGGAGGAUAGCAUACAAGCAAUUAAAGAUUACGAGGAACAGUUCUUUCGUAAUUCGAAACUUUUUAAAGAUGGCUUAGUAAUGUCCGGACAAGUUACUACAAGAAAUUUGAGUCUCGCUGUUGCGGAAUGUUUUUGGAAAAUGGUUCGUGAGACUGUAGAACAACAAGCAGAUGCCUUCAAAGCGACUAGAUUUAACCUUGAAACGGAAUGGAAAAAUAAUUUCCCUAGACUAAGGGAAUUAGAUCGGGAUGAACUUUUCGAGAAAGCACGAGGUGAAAUAUUGGAUGAAAUUGUAAAUUUAUCUCAAGUCUCACCCAGGCACUGGGAAGAAACUUUGAUGAAUAUAAUCUGGGACAAAGUUAGUAUGUACGUGUUUGAAAGUAUUUACUUGCCUGCCGCUCAAAGUGGAAAUCCAGGUACAUUUAAUACGACUGUUGACAUAAAGCUUCGACAAUGGGCUGAACAACAAUUGCCAGCGCGAAGCGUUGAAAUUGGCUGGGAAUGUUUACAAAGGGAAUUUAAUCAUUUCAUGAAUCAAGCAAAACUCAGUCCAGAUCAUGAUGACAUUUUUGAUAAUUUAAAAAAUGCAGUAGUGGCUGAAGCCAUGAGGCGACAUUCGUGGGAAGAAAAAGCAUCUGAGAUGUUACGCGUCAUUCAACUGAAUACUUUGGAAGACAGAAGUGUAAAUGAUAAACGAGACUGGGAUCAGGCUGUGCGUUUUCUAGAAACGUCUGUUAAGGAUAAAUUACAAAGCACUGAACAAAUUUUAAAAGAAAUGUUAGGACCAGGUCGCAAAGAACGAUGGCUUUAUUGGCACAGUCAAAAUGAAGAGCAACAAAAACGCACAGCAGUAAAAAAUGAGUUGGAUAAAAUUCUUUACGCAGACAAAAAACACGCACCUACACUCACGCAAGAUGAAGUUACGACCGUUAGAAAGAACUUGCAACGGAAUGGCCUAGAAAUUGAUAAUGAAUUUAUUCGAGAAACGUGGCAUCCAGUUUAUAGGAGAUUUUUCUUGCAACAAAGUUUGGCGAGGGCGUACGACUGUAAAAAAGGAUAUUAUCUGUACCAUACUGGUCACGAGACUGAAAUGGAAUGCAACGAUGUCGUCUUGUUUUGGAGGAUUCAGCAGAUGCUGAAGGUAACAGCCAAUGCACUACGUCAACAAAUCAUGAAUCGCGAAGCCCGUAGGCUAGAUAAAGAAAUAAAGGAAGUGUUGGAAGAUUACAGCCAAGAUAAUGAAAUUAAAAAGAAGUUAUUGACUGGCCGACGAGUCACAUUGGCUGAAGAACUUAAACGUGUUAGACAAAUUCAAGAGAAACUUGAAGAAUUUAUUCAGGCACUGAACAAGGAGAAAUGAACGAAAUUAGACUGAGAAUUUAGGUAUUCAAACAAAAAGGUGCACGCUAUGUGAUACUCGGUAGCCAUGGUGGCUGAUACGUGAAUACUUAGGUAUUAUUUUUUUUCUUUUCAUUGUCGAACGACGUGGUAGGGAUGCUACUAAUUAACAGUUUUUACGGGAAAACUGUAAACAGAAAAGUUUUAUACAAAAUGCGAUUUGAUCUUUAGUGCUGAAAUUGUAACUAACAAAUGCUAUAGUCAUUGUGCAAUUUUUACCAUUCAUGAAUUGCACAUCUAGUACAGUUUUCGUGAAAUUUUUGUGUAAACAUAAAUACAAUAUUCUUAGUGAUUUAGCAUAAAUCAUACCAAAGCAAUGAAUUGAAAAAUUUACAGAAUAACGCUUACACAAUGAUAGAUUUUGAAUGAAUUGCGUGUAUGAUGAUACAUGAAAUGUAGAUAUCUCAAAUAAAAUAUGUAUUUAAUUCUUACAUAUAUGUUUAAUAUAAAUAGGUAAAUAACGUUCAUCACAUUUUGUAUAUAUAUUUAUGUAACUAAUUUCUACAUGCAGAACGAAUGAAAUGAACAUACGUUUUGUAUGAUUAGCAAUAUGAAAUAUGGAAACAGAACAUUAAUAUUCAAUAUCUGGAAAUAACUUCUGAUUAAUAAAAAUGCAAUGAAUAUGAA